AUAUAAUAAAUAAAAAAUAGCACAGCCCUUCCUCUAUCACAAGAAACAUUAGGCGGAGGAUUGUUGCAGCUCAAGAAAAGAGCGCGAAAUGGAUCCGGAAGCCCGCGGCAAGGGGGCCAACGUUUCCGGUUCAAAGGGGUCCGCCGGAGACAAUUCCCGGGGUAGCGAGGUUACCGGGAAGAGUAUGGCGGCACUUCUUCAGUGUUUCCCACCCGUAGCUCCGCAAAGAGGGCCUGAUGCUAUCGCAUCGCACAUACCACACAAACGGUUACUUGAAAAAAUCGAAUACAAAAAGAAACUUCCAGAACCAUUGUAUGGGCUAAAGAAAAGACAGGAACAAAUUUUGGCUAAACGAAUCAAAUUACCACCGAUAGAAUCGAAACUUACCACUUCUGAAUCGUUGCAACCGCCAACUAAAAGAGCGACCAAAUCUUCAAGCAUUCAGGAUAAUAUUCGACUGCCAAAGAAAAAGAUUUUUGAUGACGAUCUGGCGAAAGUGGCUGACCAAAAAGAAUGGAUCGAGAAAAUGAGAAAAGCAAAAGAUGGUUAUUUCGUCUAUUUCACAUACGCUGUACCUCAAUCGUCGCAACACUUUAAUCCCUAUAUGCUGAAGGUAGUGCCUUAUAAGAAUGUGGAUAAGUCAAACUUUUUUACCAUGAGUUCGGAAGGUGUUUUGCAACACAUUGGCAGCGAGAUGAUAUUUACAUCGCUGGAUAAAUGGGAAGAAGAAUACGAUAUGUUUUGUCGUCUAAUGAAGAUUAAAAUGUUUAGAAAUUUUCGCAAAUGGAAGGGAUUCUAUGUUUGGCGGAAGAACAUUGUUUAUGCAAAAUUCCACGCAGCGCGAAAGAAUUUGGCUGAGAAUAUGUUCAUAUUGAAUCCGAUAUUGAGACACGGUUUACUCGACAUCCAACAAAUGUCUUAUAAAAUGGCCGACGUCUCCUUUGUCGAUCUCAGCUUAUCUCAUAACGCUUGGUUGUUUUAUUUCAUCGAAAAUCAGAUGGAUAAACUGGACACUAUAAAGGAAAAAAUUCGAGAAUUUCAUACUCUCGCUAAAGAAAUCGUAUCGAAUGUCUGUCACGGUGCGCUCCUCGCUAAAGGGUUUGUGGUAGACGAGCGUGUUCCCGAAGAAGGAGGCGACCGAAGAAGGAGGCACCAAAAGGCGUCGUACAUUGAGCAAGCCAGCAAGAAGAAAUUCUGUCAAAGGCUCGCAUGUUACAUAAUUUUGGUGGACUAUAUGACCAUUACAAUGCUACACAGAUUGAUUACCAAUUCAAUUGAUGAACUCAAACUAUUGUUUGAGCGACAUUCGAAAUAUUUGCCAGAUCGGGCUUUGCUGGAAUCUGAUGAGUUGGAAGUGCUUUUAGAGUGUCCGAGGCAAGAUGGUGAUCCACAGUACCCGCUGUUCAUAGUAAACGUCUUCGUCGAACCCCACGAAAUGUCCCUAGACCCAACCUUAGACGUCACAGUAUACAUUUAUAAGCAGUUAUUUGACUUGUGGGAACAACACACCAACGAAUACAAGCCAUUUGUAGCCGAUCCAAUUUACUCUCCAUUUACCACACCGGUCAUUAACGAAAAAGUCGAGGACAGAAUUUGUAGUUGGGGACCCAGCCUGGAAUUUUAUCUAUCUAAAGACGAAACGCUGGAGCGAAGCAAAUGCGAAAUAUUCGAUUGCUUCAAGUCGAAUUAUGACGCAGCACGAUUGUACAUCAACAGAUUGGAAUUUAUAAGACAUUUUUUUGCAGAGGAUAUAAAUAUUCACGAGAGCGACGUACAGAAUGAAACUGUGAUAGAGAAUUUUCGCACUAUGUGCAUGCGAUACAAUGACGAAUUGUCUACCGUGGAAAAGUUGGUGAGCAAACAGCCGUUGGGGCUACUGUAUUUGAUGCUCGACCAGUUUAAAGACACCGUCUUACCGGAACCUAAAAGAUUACUAGAAAUCGUCAAAGAUGUUAUCCCAUGGAUAGGCAGAAACAAAAUCAACGCGUUAAUGACAGACGUUGAGGAAACGGAAGCGCGCCUUCUUCAAGAACCUUUAACCACAACGGACUUCGUGAAGCAUCUCGAAUAUAUCGAAGUAUCGACGGAUAAACUUGAUAAAAUGGACGACGAACUGGAUUACUGCAAGGAACUUUACGAUAUAAUAGAGGAGUUCACUUUACCGGUUUCGGCGGAGGAUAUGUCGAAUUAUUUGGGCCUGAGCGUAUCGUUAGGAAACUUAAGAAACCUGAUCGACAAAAAGAUCGAAGACACAGGACGAAUUACCAAAGCGUUCAGCGAGCAACUAAACAAGGAGAUAAGCGCUUUGAUUUCAGAAGCCGGGCGCAUUAAUGAUGAAUGCAUGCAACCCUGGCUAUACGACAUCACCUCUAACGUUGUUGAAAUCACAGAAUUUUUAACGGAUUUGUAUGAGCGUUUGCUAAAUUGUCAAAAAAGAGCAGCAGAAUUUAGAAACUACCAGAGGCAAUUUAGGUUGGAAGUAUUUAGGUUCGAUAUUCUAGAUGAGGUGAUGAAUAAUAUAAAGCUGCGUAUGCUUCUGUGGGAAAGCGUUGAUUCCUGGACGAAAACUGUCGAUGAAUGGUACCAUUCCGCUUUUAACACUUUAAAUACGGAUGAUAUGAAUCUGUUCACCACUAGAAAUCUUAAGAACAUUACCCAAUUAGAAAAGGGUCUCCCACCGAAUCUUGUCGUACCUAAAUUGAAAGACGAAGUGGUUUUGAUGAAGGAUAAGCUUCCCGUAAUAACAUAUCUCAGAAAUCCUGCAAUGAAGCCCAGGCAUUGGAUAAAAGUUGAAAAUAUUUUGAAUUGCAAAUUUAAACCGGAAGAGAUAAUCACUUUGGAAAUGCUUGAACAGUUAAACGUAUUUAGCUUUCAUCAAGAGUUGAUGGAAAUAUCGGCACAAGCCAGUAGCGAAGCCAGCUUAGAGGCUUUGUUGAGGAGGGUUGAAGACUCGUGGAAAUAUUUGGAAUACAUUGUUAUUCCACACAAGGAGGCGAAGGAUGUGUAUAUAUUAGGUUCCCUUGAGGACAUUCAAGUGGUCCUAGAUGAAAGUAAUAUCAAUAUUAUAACCAUUGCGAGUUCCAGACAUGUGGGCCCCAUCAAAUCUAGAGUUGACGAUUGGAUGAAAAAUUUGGAUCUGUUUUCGAGAACUUUGGACGAAUGGAUGACAUGCCAGCAAAGUUGGAUAUACCUGGAAGUUAUUUUCUCGGCGCCUGAUAUACAAAGGCAACUACCCAACGAAGCAAAACUUUUUGUAGUGGUGGACAAAUCGUGGAAGGAAAUUAUGAGGAGAACGGCCAAGAUGCCACUCGCUAUUGACGCGACGCUUCAACCAGGUCUGUUGGAAACGUUACAAAGAAAUAACGGACUGCUGGAGCAAAUAAUGAAAUGCCUGGAGUCAUAUUUGGAAGUUAAAAGGGUUGCGUUUCCUCGAUUUUAUUUUUUGUCCAACGAUGAACUACUGGAUAUUUUGGCACAAACCAGAAAUCCUCAUGCCGUCCAACCUCAUUUGAGAAAGUGUUUCGACGCCAUUGCCUCGUUGGAAUUUGGCACCAAGCCGUUGGACGAAGGAAACGAAGUUAGAAAAUCUACCACUAUCAUCUUAACAACAGACAUUAUAGCAAUGAUAAGUCCAGAAGGAGAACGAGUUCAACUCGGCAAAGGCCUAAAAGCCAGAGGCAAUGUCGAAGAUUGGCUGGGAAAAGUUGAAGAGUCUAUGGUUUUAUCACUCAGAAGAUGCAUGAAAGUCGCCAUGAAUCAUUACGUGGCCAAACCAAGAACGGAAUGGGCGGUUAGUCACCCCAAUCAAAUAAUUUUAGCCGUAUCCCAAAUAAUGUGGGCCAAAGGCGUGCACGAAAUUCUCGACGGCGAAAGCAACGUGCCCAAGAAAUUGCAACAAUAUGAAAGAAAAUGUGUCGGGGAUCUGAACGAUUUGGCUGCAUUAAUCAGAACCGACCUGGACCCCGUAACCAGAACGAUCCUCAUAGCUCUAAUUACGAUAGACGUGCACGGUCGCGAUACAGUGAGCAAUCUAGUCAAAAACAACGUCACCGAUAGCAAUAGCUUCGAAUGGCUAAAAGUGCUCAGAUACUAUUGGUACGAGAAUCUGGAUGAUUGCGUCACCAAAAUGUCCAGUGCGUCAUACGUUUACGGAUACGAAUACUUGGGCGCAGCGGGUGUUCUAGUUAUUACUCCCCUAACUGAUAAGUGCUACUUGUGCCUCAUGGGGGCGCUACAGCUGGAUUUAGGCGGUUCGCCGGCCGGCCCCGCGGGGACCGGCAAAACCGAAACCACCAAGGAUUUAGCAAAGGCACUGGCCAUCCAAUGCGUGGUGUUUAAUUGUUCCGAAGGUUUGGAUUACAAAAUGAUGGGCAGAUUUUUCUCCGGAUUGGCCCAGUCCGGAGCAUGGUGUUGCUUCGAUGAAUUUAACAGGAUCGAUAUCGAGGUGCUUUCGGUGAUUGCUCAGCAACUGAUCACGAUAAGGAACGCCAAAGCCGCAAAACUCUCGAGAUUUAUAUUCGAGGGUCGAGAAAUUAAGCUCGUGCAACGGUGCGCCGCUUUCAUAACCAUGAACCCCGGUUACGCUGGACGAACGGAACUCCCGGACAAUUUGAAAGCCCUGUUCAGACCAAUAGCGAUGAUGGUUCCGGAUUACGCUCUCAUCGCCGAGGUCAUUUUGUACUCCGAAGGCUUCGAAUCGUCGAAAAAUUUGUCGCAAAAGAUGGUUCAAAUGUACAAAUUGUGCAGCGAGCAGUUGUCUCAACAAGAUCAUUACGAUUUUGGUAUGAGAGCGGUAAAAAGCGUAUUGGUCAUGGCUGGAUCACUGAAAAGAGCAGCGCCUGAUCGGAAUGAAGACGUCGUGCUCAUAUCGGCACUACGAGACAGUAACUUGCCCAAGUUUUUGGCGGACGACGCCAUUUUGUUUCAGGGAAUUUUGAGCGACCUCUUUCCCGGUUUGGAAUUGCCGGUGUCCGAUUACGGCGUAUUCGAAGAAACCAUCGUCAAAGUAAUGGUCGAAAACAAUCUUCAACCAGAGACUUGCAUGGUGCACAAAAUUAUUCAGUUGUACGAGACCAUGAUUGUACGUUGGGGCGUAAUGGUAGUGGGGCCCACGGGAGGGGGCAAAACCGAAAUUCUAAACACGCUGAGUCGAGCGCUGACGAGGAUGAGCACUGACGGCCAUAUCGGUCAGUACUACCGACCCGUCCACAGGCGAGUCGUUAAUCCGAAAGCAGUGACCCUUGGCGAACUUUACGGGGAAAUCAACCCCUUUACAUUGGAGUGGAAAGACGGUUUGAUGGGAAUGAUGAUGCGCGCGGUUGUGCAGGCUUCCAAUGAAGAUCAUCAGUGGAUUGUCUGCGACGGGCCAGUCGACGCGAACUGGAUUGAAAAUUUAAACACUGUUCUGGACGAUAACAAGAUGUUAUGCCUCGCGAAUUCGGAGAGAAUAAAGUUAACUCCGUAUGUGCACAUGAUCUUCGAAGUCGGAGAUUUAUCGCAUGCUUCCCCGGCAACCGUCAGCCGAUGUGGUAUGGUAUACGUGGACCCUGACGAACUGAAAUGGUUACCGUACGUAAAAUCCUGGGUUAAGACGAUCGACGAUAAAAUAUUAAACGACGAGCUGAAAGAAUUUGUACUGAGCCUUUUCGAAUUUGUCGAGCCCGGUUUUAACUUUAUAAAAAAGAAUUGCGACUACUCGAUUCAUCAGGUGGAUAUCAGUAAGGCGGCGAUGAUAUGCUCGCUUCUUGAAAGUCACUUGACCAUGCCCGGCGCCAUGGAGAAGAUUGGCGAAAAGAGCAAAGUCCGAAACUUCUUGUGUCAGACUUUUGUCAUUUCUUACAUUUGGGGAUUGGGUGGCAACCUAGAGGAGGAGGGUAGAGAAAAAUUCGAAGUAUUCAUUCAAAAUCAGUUUGAUGACUUUAAAGACGCGAGACUUCCCCCUGGACAAGAUCUCUGGUACUUGUAUAUGGAUGUCCAGGCGCGUAGGCUGAACCCCUGGCAGAGGAUAAUGCCGCAGUUUAUUUACGACAGAGACGUUCAAUUUUUUGAAACUCUAGUGCCGACCCUAGAUACGGUUAAGUUCGCGUACAUCAUGGAACGGCUGAUCGAUAUCGGGCAUCCGGUGAUGAUCACAGGGUAUACGGGGGUGGGAAAAUCUGUGAUUGCGAAACACGUCUUGAAACAUUUGGGAAGUACGGAUAAGUUUGUGCCCGCGACGAUUCACUUUUCAGCCCAGACCAGCAGCGUGCGUACGCAAGAAAUGAUAGAAUUGAAAUUGGAGAGGAAGAAAAGAACUCUCCUGGGGGCUCCGAUGGGCAAACGAGUAAUUGUAUUCGUAGACGAUGUCAACAUGCCUAGGCUGGAGACGUACGGGGCCCAGCCCCCAAUUGAACUCAUCAGACAACUAAUAGACCACGGAGGACUUUACGACAGGGAAAAACUGUUUUGGAAGGAAAUACGAGACGUCGUGGUGAUGUGCGCCUGCGCACCUCCCGGUGGCGGACGGAACCCGUUGACUCCCAGAUUCGUCAGGCACUUUGGCAUGCUGCUAUUUCCGCCUCCCAAUGAGUUCGUUUUGAAGUCGAUAUUUAAAGCCAUCCUCAAAGGCUUUCUUUCGACGUUCUCCAACGAAGUUCGGGAUCUUGGGGAUUCGAUAGUAAACGCUGCCGUAGACGUGUACGAGAGAAUCGCUGACGAUUUGCUGCCGACUCCUUCCAAGUCGCACUACGUAUUCAAUCUGAGGGAUCUUUCCAAGUGUAUACAGGGCGUAACACAAGCCGACGCCGGAACUCUCAGGAUUAAAAGCGAAAUGUACCGUUUAUUUUACCACGAGUGCUUGCGCGUGUUCCACGAUAGAUUAAUAAACGUCAAAGACAAGUCAUACUUCUACUUCCUAAUGAAGGACAUUUGCGCUCGACAUUUUGGUACGGCGGUAUUGCAGCUACCAGAAGAAGGCUUGAUUGAAGAUCCUCCAGUGCUGCUGUUUGGAGAUUUCAUGCAAUUUGGGGCAGCUAAAGAAAAUCGCAUUUACGAGGAAUUGAGAAAUGUUGACAAAGUCAAAAAUAUUUUACAAGAUUAUUUAGAUGAUUACAAUCUGAUGAACAACAAGGACAUGAAGGUUAUAUUCUUUAUGAAAGCGAUGGAACAUUGCAUACGGAUAGCACGCAUUUUGCGAUCCGAAAGAGGCAAUGCGUUGCUGGUUGGAGUUGGGGGUAUGGGUAAACAAAGCUUGACCAAACUUGCUUCGCACGUUAACGGAUUUAGGUGCUUCCAAAUAGAAUUGGUAAGGAACUACGACCACACCGCGUUCUUUGAAGACUUGAGAAAUAUGUUUGUCCACGCCGGCGUGGAAAACAUGGAUUCAGUUUUCCUUUUUACCGACACUCAGAUCGUUCAGGAAGACUUCCUGGAAGACAUCAACAAUAUUUUAAAUUCGGGCGACGUUCCUAAUCUUUUCGAUGCCGAUGAAUACGAGAAGGUGAUCAUAGGGUGUCGGGAGCCUGCCAAAACCGCCGGAUUUCCAGACACCCGCGACCACAUCUACGAGUUCUUCAUCAGUAGAGUGCGCAGCAAUCUACGCCUAGUGCUUUGCAUGAGUCCCGUUGGGGACGCGUUUAGACGCAGAUGCCGAAUGUUUCCAUCAUUGGUGAACUGCUGCACCAUCGAUUGGUUCGAGAAAUGGCCCCAGGAGGCGCUGCUUUCCGUAGCCCAAAGCAGCCUAGAGGAUAUCGCUCCUCAAACGUUAAGUGACAGCUUGGCGAGAGUCUGCGUCACCAUGCACGAAAGCGUCGAGAUUAUGACAGAUCGAUUUUACCACGAGAUGAGACGGUACUAUUAUACAACGCCUAGCAGUUACUUGGAGCUGAUAACACUCUACAAAAAGAUGCUAGGUGCAAGGAAAUCGAAAAUUUCCGAGACCAGUGAUCGGGUAUCUAACGGUUUACGGAAACUCUACGAGACAAACGAGCUCAUCGACUCCAUGAAACAGACUCUGAUAGCAUUGGAACCGGAAUUGGCUCAGAAAUCCGUUGCGGUGGCUGAGCUAAUGCAGAACCUCGUUAAGGAGCAAGCACAGGCCGAUAAAGUGAGGGUUACGGUCAAAGCCGACGAGGAAAUUGCGAAGAUAAAAGCUGAUGAGACGCAAGCCCUAGCGGACGAUGCUCAGAAGGAUCUGGACACGGCACUACCGGCUUUAGAGGCCGCAACCAAAGCCUUGGAAGCUUUGAACAAAAACGACAUAAACGAAGUGAAAGUGUUUCAAAAACCACCCAAGCUAGUCCAAUUCGUGAUGGAGUCCGUUUGCAUACUUUUGGGAGCGAAGCCGGAUUGGGGGUCCGCCAGGGUCGUUUUGAGCGACACGCACUUCUUGAAGAAGCUUCAAGAGUACGACAAAGAUCACAUCAGUGACAUAAUGUUGAAAAAAUUGAAGCCGUACGUAGAGCAUCCCGAUUUUGUGCCCGAAAAGGUCGUUAACGUGUCAAAAGCGUGCAAAAGUUUGUGUAUGUGGGUCAGAGCAAUAGACAUGUACGCCAAAGUAUACAGGAUCGUCGAGCCCAAAAGAAAACGACUGCUAACUGCCGAAAAGGAACUGAACGCGGUUAUGGUUUUGCUGAGAGAUAAGCAACGACAAUUGGCUGAAGUUGAAGCCGUCAUAGCGGAUUUGGAGGCGAAAUUUACCUCCACCGUUGCCGAAAAGGAGACCCUGGAAUAUAACAUACAGUUGACAUCUACCAGGCUCAAUAGGGCGGGGCGUUUGAACGUGGCUCUUGGCGACGAGCAGCAUCGAUGGGAGGAGAGCGUUAAGAGGUUCGCUACCGAAUUGAAGAACUGCGUUGGUGAUGUGCUCAUGGCCGCAGCCUGCGUUGCUUAUCAAGGCGCCUUUACGAACGUUUACCGUACCGAGUUAACUAAUUUAUGGGAAGCUAAAUGUAUCGAGCAAAAUAUUCCGUCUACAGAAAAUUUCAGUUUGGUAAAUAUCCUAGCCGAUCCUUAUGAUAUUCGCAUUUGGAAUGCAUGUGGUCUGCCUCGUGACAAAGUCUCUACCGAAAAUGCGAUCAUGGUAACCCAAGGAGAACGUUGGCCGCUUAUGAUCGAUCCGCAAGAACAGGCCAACCGCUGGAUCAGACAAAUGGAGGCUCAGAAUAAUCUCAGGGUAAUCAAACUAACCGACGCCAAUUUCAUGAGGAUUGUGGAAAACGCGAUACGAAUAGGGAUGCCGGUGUUGUUGGAAGAGGUCGGCGAAAUGUUGGAUCCUGUCCUGGCACCGAUAUUAGCCAGGCAGACUUUUGUUCAGGGCGGAAGAACUCUGAUACGUUUGGGAGACUCAGAUGUCGAUUACGAUCCAGGUUUUAGGUUGUAUAUCACGUCGAAACUUGCGAACCCUCACUAUCUUCCGGAAGUGUGCAUUCAAGUCACCAUCGUAAAUUUCACGGUUACGCCUUCGGGACUGGAAGACCAACUAUUGGCCGACGUGGUAAGCUUGGAAAGGCCAGAGCUGGAGAGUCAAAGAAACGAACUGGUAGUGAAGAUCAACAACGACAAAGGACAGUUAAAAUCGAUCGAGGAUAAAAUACUACACCUACUGUAUCACUCGAAGGGAAAUAUACUGGACGAUGAGUUGCUCAUCGAAGCUUUGAACGAGAGCAAGGAAACGUCGGCAAUUAUAGCGGCUAGACUAAAGGAGACCGAAGCUACCGAAGAGAAAAUCUCGAUUGCCCGGGAAAAAUACCGUAGGGUGGCUGAUCGGGGAGCGGUUCUUUAUUUCGUCGUUGCUCAGCUAGCCGACAUAGAUCCCAUGUAUCAAUAUUCGCUCAAAUAUUUCAACCAAGUGUUCAGUACCGUCAUUACCACUAGCGAAAAGAGUAACGUGUUGGAACAGCGUCUUGAAACGUUACUGACGAAUAUUACCCGGGCCGUUUACACUAUAACAUCACGCGGAUUAUUCGAGAAACACAAGUUAGUGUUCAGUUUUAUGCUUUGUGUGGCAAUUUUGCAAGCGAACGGUGAUAUCAACGAUAAACAGUGGAAUUAUUUGCUUCGCGGGCCGGUCAGCAGGCAACAGGUCGACAAGAAACCAGACUACUCGACGGUGACAGAUGCUAUGUGGCAGGGUGCCAAUUACUUGGAAACUACUUUCACCGAUUUUGGACAACUGCCAGAGGAAAUGGUCAAAUCUAUUAACGUCACCAUAGGAGGAUUCCGUCUGAUUGUUAGAGUGAUACCCAAUUCACCACCGAGCGAAGUUAAUUGGGAUGGGAAAUUGAAUGAUUUCGAGAAGUUGAUGUUAAUCAAAACGUUAAAGGAGGAGAAACUAGUAUUUGCAAUCACUGAAUAUGUAAAAGUUAAUUUGGGACAAGCGUUUAUCGAAAGUCCUCAGAUCUCUUUGAACCUGUUAUAUCACGACACUUCAAACACGGUACCCCUAAUUUUUAUACUAAGCACAGGAUCGGAUCCAUUUAGCGCCUUCCAAAGAUUCGCUAAUGACAUGGGAUUCAAGGACCGAGUUAAAUCCAUCUCGUUGGGUCAAGGUCAGGGUCCUAUAGCCGAGAUGAUGAUUCAGGAAGCAACAGAUACUGGUGAUUGGGUGUUCCUUCAAAAUUGCCAUCUGGCAACAUCUUGGAUGGUGGUUUUGGAAAGGAUAGUUUUGCAAAUUGCCGAAACCAGUGCCAAAGUGCACAAAGCAUUUCGUCUCUAUAUGAGUUCGAUGCCGUCAAAGUAUUUUCCAGUGGCGGUGCUUCAAAACUCAGUCAAAGUUACCAAUGAACCCCCAAAAGGCUUGAAGGCCAACGUCAAAAGGUCUUUUGCAGACAUGCAGGAGGAUUUCUUCGAAGAUCAUUAUCUCGAGCAGAAAUGGAGAGCUAUACUGUUCGGAAUCUGCAUGUUUCACGGUGUGAUACAGGAAAGAAAAAAGUUCGGACCGCUCGGCUGGAACAUCGUUUACGAAUUCAACGACAGUGAUCGUGAGUUUGCCUUUAAUACGUUGAAAAUGUUUUGCGCGGACGGAACGAUACCCUGGGAGGCAUUGGAGUAUCUUACAGGUGAAAUCACCUAUGGGGGUAGAGUUACUGAUUACUGGGACCUUCGGUGUUUGAAAACAAUCCUCAAAAUAUUUUUCUCGCCUCAGAUAUUGACUGAGGACUAUAAGUAUUCGGAAUCGGGAAUCUAUUAUUGUCCGAAUUAUGAAAAAUUGCAGCAAUAUCGCAACUUUAUAGACGAUUUUCCACUGAUCGAGGAACCCGAGAUCUUUGGCAUGCAUGAAAAUGCCAAUAUAGCGUUUCAGAUUCAAGAAACGCAGACAAUUGUUAGGACCAUUAUGGAAUGUCAACCGAGAUCUGAAAUCGGUGCGGAAGGCAAGUCAAGAGAUCAAAUAGUGUAUGAAUUGGCAGAUAGAGUAAUUAAAACAAUUCAGCCAAAAAUUUUAACGGAUGACGUCAAUAUUUACAUGUUUAAAAUCGAUGACAAAGGUCGCCUACCAUCUUUAACGACGGUACUGAUGCAGGAAAUCGAUAGGUAUAACAAUCUAUUGCAAUUGAUACAUUCUUCCAUGGAUCAACUCAAAAAAGCUAUCAAGGGGUUAAUAGUCAUGUCCGAAAGUCUUGAAGAUGUGUUUAAGGCUUUUAUGAACAAUCAGGUCCCUGAAAUGUGGUCAUCUAGAGCAUACAAUUCGCUGAAGAGCCUUGGAAGUUGGAUAAGGGACUUGAUUCUCAGACUGGAUUUCAUAGGGACCUGGGUGAGAUCGGGUCAUCCGACAUCAUACUGGAUAUCCGGAUUCUAUUUUCCCCAAGGAUUUUUGACCGGAACUCUUCAGACGCACGCCCGCAAAUACAAACUGCCUAUCGAUGAGCUCCGGUUCGAAUUCAUCGUGAAACCGGUCAAUUUAAAACAGGAGGACAUUAAAUUGGCCCACGAUCUUCAAGGCGGCAAAGAGAAUUUGGAUUUGUAUAAACCUUUAGAAUCGCCCACUAAUGGUGUGCUUAUUCAUGGGUUGUACAUGGAUGCCGGACGUUGGGAUAUGGCGGAUAUGAAACUGGUGGAUCCGAAACCAGGGGAAAUAAAUCCCUCAUUUCCAACGAUACACCUGCUGCCUACAACUGAAACGCUUGAUAACGACCCUAGAUACGUCUGUCCUCUCUAUAAGACAUCUAUUAGAGCUGGAGUUCUAUCCACUACAGGUCAUAGCACGAAUUUCGUCGUCGCUGUUUUGUUGUCCUCUGAUCAACCCCAAAGUUACUGGAUACUUAAAGGAACUGCCAUGUUGACACAAAUCACAGACUAACAAUUAGGAUUAUUAUAAAA